AUGAGGAAGAUGAAGAGUAAUCAUCUUUCAAGAGCUAUUGGUCGUAUUAUAGGAAGAGGAGGACGAACCAAAGAUGCUAUAGAAAACUUUGCUAAGUGUAAAUUUAUUUUAAUCGAUCACAAAAUUAUACUGUUGGGGUGCUUGGAAAAUACAAAUAUUGCGAAGGAUGCCAUCGGUCGGCUUAUCCAGGGUGCGGAGCCCACAUCAAUAUUUAAUCGGUUGAGAGUGAUUUCCACAAAGCUGAAAGACAAAUAUAAUUGUGGAUACAUACAAAACUCAGCCAGCAGCCAAAUCCUGGAUGAGAGUGAUACCAUCCUACUACUGUUUCUGAUCUACCGGUAG